ACUUUCAAGUCACAAGGCUUUAACCCACUACUUCAUCGGGGGCUCCAUGUAUUGAACUGCUUUUGCUGUCAAUUUGGUGUAAAACAUGAUGUUUUGGUGCUUAAUUUGUAAAAUCAUAACCUAAUUUGAUAUUUAAUAGGCUUUUCCUUCAGCCCUCCUUAUUAUCCAACAUAUUCGCUUAUCCAACGUUCUGCCGGCCCGUUUAUGUUGGAUAAGUGAGACUCUACUGUAUAUAAAUAAAUGUAUUUGUUUACAUGUAGGUGUGUGAAUAUGUAUAUACAUGCACACAUACACAAUAUGUUCAAUUCUGGAAAUUGUGCAUCUCUCUUUCGAGAAAAGAAGCAAUAACUUUGUGAACAAAUUGGACUAGAAAAGCCAUUUUGUUAGUCUAUUCAGUGAGACAGUCAUCUCACAUUUUUCCCUUUCCCUCUCCUUUCAUAGAAUCAGAAUCAUAGAGUUGGAAGAGUCCUCAUGGGCCAUCCAGUCCAACACCCUGCAAGAAGCAGGAAAAUUUAAUUCAAAACACCCCUGACAGAUGGCCACCCAGCCUCUGCUUAAAAGCCUCCAAAGAUGAAGCCGCCACCACACUCCAGGGCAGAGAGUUCCAGUGCCGAACAGCUCUCACAGUGAGGAAGUUCUUCCUAAUGUUCAGAUGAAAACCAGCAGAUGUAUGACAUAGGAAGAUUCUGCUCUGCAUUGGAUCCCAGGAUUGGAAUAGAGAUCUUCCAGCUGUGUUCAUUGGAAGAUCUCCACAUGUACAGAUGAUUGCAGGUUAGCUUUUACAUCUGAGGAAGGAUUUACGUGUAUCAAUGGCUCCCUUUUUGUACUUUUGGCAGAAAAUGCUUACUGGGCCUGCAAAAAUACCUGCCCAGGCUUGUAUGUGUCUGAAUGCUUUACACAGGUGAAAUUUGGAACUUAGUCAAGCCAGGACAGGUAGGUAUUAACCAGAAUGCUUGAUCUCCUUCCAAAAAAGCCUAAACAAAACAAAUGGUCAAAGUAUUUAUCAGAAAUUAAGGAAUAUAGCUUUCAAUUAAAACACAAUUACUGAUAAAUACCUCCCAUAUAUAUGGAAACAUUGAUUAGACAAUAGUAUCUGAGUAAACACUCCUUAGCAAGGAGCUUUAUCUACAGGAUACUAUGAAAUUAUGAUCAAUGCCCUGUUGUUCCUAGUAGUGACAUGAAACUUGAGUUUGGUGGGAAAAGGCUAUACAUUUUUAUUCAGGUUUGCCCAGAUCCCAAGCUUUGUGGCAAAUAUAACAUUAAUGACAUGUAGGUUACACUAGCUUGGGUACCCGGCAAAGCCUGGGUUAUUUGAAAAAGGUAUUGUUUGUUUUUGGAUGUUAGGUAUUCUCAGUUUAGUGUGGGUGAACUACAAUUCCCAGAAUCAUGGGGCAAUCCUCCGCGAACCCUGCCAGUAUUCAAAGUUGGCCAUGUUGGUCUGUGCUCCAAGUUUGGUUUAGAUACGUCAUCUGGCAGCAGUGCUCCCUGGAUUCCAAGGCUAAUCACCACCAAGCUCCACUUGUAUUCUCAGUUGACCCUGUUGGUUCUGUGUGCCAAGUUUGGUCAGGAUCCGUUGUUGAUUGAGUUUAUUGCUCUUUGGAUGAGGAUGAACCACAACUCCCAGAUUUCUGGGGCAAUCUUCUCAAAACAUCUGCCAGUAUUCACAAUUGGCCAUGUUGGGUUUGUGUGCCAAGUUUGGUUCAGAUCUGUCAUUGGUGUGGUUCAGUGUUCUCUGGAUGCAGGUGAACUACAACUCCCAACAUCAAGGUAAAUUCCCCCCCCCCCCCCCCCUCCAACCCCUGCAGUAUGUUUGGUUGGUCACAGGGGUUCUCUGCGCCAAGUUUGGUUUCAGUCGAUCAUAGAUGGGGUUCGGAGUACUCUUUGAUUGCAAGUGAACUAUACAUCCCAGUGCCUACAACUCCAAAAUGUCAAUGCCAAUUCUCCUCAAAACCUACCAUUCAAGUAUUCAAAUAUUGGGUAUGCAUGCCAAGUUUGGUCCAGAUGCAUCAUUGUUUGGGUUCAUAGUGCACUCUGGGUGUAGGUAAACUACAACUCCUAUCAAUCCUUCCAAAAGCCACCAGUAUUUUUGUUGGUCAUGAGGUUCUGUGUGCAAAGUUAGUUCCAGGUCCAUUGUUGGUGGUGCCCAGAGUGUUCUUUGAUUGCAGGUGAACUAUAAAUUCCAGUACCUACAACGGCUAUAAAUCAAGAUGAAUCCGCCCCCCCCCCCCCCAAACCUCUCCAAUAUUUUUCGUUGGUCAUGGGAGUUCUGUGUGCCAAAUGUGGUCCAGGUCCACUGUCAGUGAGGGGGGGGGGGGUCACAUUGCUGUGUCUUGAUGCAGAGUGAACUACAACUUCUAUCAUGUGGAAUUAGUCCCCCAAACUCCUCCAGUAUGUUUAGUUGCUGCUCAGUUCUGCACUGUUUGUUAUGCAGACAGUUGAAAAGACUAUGAAAGGGUUAAGAGAGAGACAGUGGGCAGUGUUCCGUCCCCCAGGACGAUGGUUUGCCUUACCUAUUGGUCGUUUGUUUGUUUUCCCUCCUUUACAUUUUGUUUGAGCCUCUGGCUGCAAAGGCCUAGGAAAGGUGGCUUGGAAUCUGCAAGAGCUGGCUGCAGUUUGCUUUGCAGUGAUUGGUCAAAGAGUGCAACAUCUUAGGACCGCCCUUUUUACUAGGGUCUAGUCUCCAUUUUGGAGCUUCAUUCUGGCUAUAGUCUUCCAACGUGCUGGAGCUGUGCAAGGCUAACUGGGACAAAUCAUCCUCAAAACCAGGCCAAUCUAAGCCUAUCCAAAUUAGAUAAGUAUUGAAUUAUACUGAUCUGGAAUAGGAAUUCUAGUUAGAGGAGCAGGGUUAUUCCAUCGCUUCUAGAACUAAUCUUUGCUGUAAAGAUAGGGAAGGAAAGAGUUUCUCCUUCUAAUAUAGACAGCGUGAUUAGGGUAUAGUGGUUUUAUAAUCACCUUUGCCUUCUGGAACCAGGGAUAAUUCUGCAACUAAAACCUAUAGAAAUUUGUUUCAUUUUCUGCAACUUUAAGAUCUGUGCCAGGUUUACAACCUUGUAUGAAUAAACAUCCUUUUUUGAAGUUAUCCAGACUCAGUCGUUCAAUAUCUAUAGGACAGCUUAUAGGGAUUUGCAGUUCGCCCGGAUAAAGGACAGCACGUUUCAGUUUUAUAGUUUUUUAUUGUCUGGCGGACGGCACAGUUUUGAGGUCGAUCAGCGGUUUUUCCGCUUCAGCUAGCUUGCACGGCUUUAUAGUUUUUUAUAGUUUAGGAAGUUUAGUAUAGGCCGCGGCUUUUCCGCCUGAGCUCAGUCUGCAUACCUAAAGACUCUACCAGCGUCUGAGGCAGUGGAGCCCGCUCUCAGACCUGAAGGAGUCAAAUAGUGGGGCUCUAUUUCCUUGCUAUUUGGCUCGCGUGUGCGCACGUGGCCCAGUGGCUUUCUGGGUUUGCACAGGCUGUGCAGUUCCCAGCAACGUCCAGGGCUCCCUCGGCGGUAGACCUCGAGCCGCGGAGCACCAGCGACAGUUCUUUGCCUGGCUCUGAGGCGUGAAGCCCACCAGAACCAGGCUAGAACCUGGACAGGCCUGGCAACGCUGCUGCGAGUUCGGCCGGAGCACUCGGCCGGCUUCGACCUGCCUCAUGGUCCGGCGGUGGUGACCUGCCUCAUCGUCCUGCGGUGGUGACCUGCCUCCUGGUCCGGCGGUGGUGACCUGCCUCAUCGUCCUGCGGUGGUGACCUGCCUCAUCGUCCUGCAGUGGUGACCUGCCUCAUCGUCCUGCGGUGGUGACCUGCCUCAUUGACCUGCGGCGGUGACCUGCCUCAUCGUCCUGCGGUGGUGACCUGCCUCAUCGUCCUGCGGUGGUGACCUGCCUCAUCGUCCUGCAGUGGUGACCUGCCUCAUCGUCCUGCGGUGGUGACCUGCCUCAUCGUCCUGCGGUGGUGACCUGCCUCAUUGACCUGCGGCGGUGACCUGCCUCAUCGUCCUGCGGUGGUGACCUGCCUCAUCGUCCUGCGGUGGUGACCUGCCUCAUCGUCCCGCGGUGGUGACCUGCCUCAUCGUCCCGCGGUGGUGACCUGCCUCAUCGACCUGCGGUGGUGACCUCCCUUCACAGCGGGGAGGAGGCGUCUCUUCUCUCCUCCUUUCCAAAGCCAGCCUCGGUGCUCCUUCGGCGGCAGGCCUCGAGCCGCAGAGCACGAGGUGCUUGAAAAUUUGGCGAAGUCGCCAUUUUGGCAGUUUACGUCACUCGGGCAAGGGAGGUAUCAAGUGGCAAGUUGCUGUCAGUUGACAUUUUGCAGCUUGCCCACCAAAGUCUGGCGCCAAAGGUCACAAUCUUUGUAAAGUAUAGUUACUUAGUGAUAUAUAUUGCUAUGGUUAAGUGCUGUGAAUUGUAUUAUAUAUUGAAUUUGCUUUUAUUGUAAAUUUACUUGCAGGUAUAUUGCAUUUGCCUUUGUUGUAAAUUUACUUGCUAUUAAGAAUACAUAAUGUCUAUGCAAUUUCAAGAUGAUACAGAUGGUAUACCUCCUUCUGAGGCUGAAAGUAGGAAUGAAAGGCCCCAAAGGAUAAAGCACCCUUCAGCCAAAAUGCUAGCCCAUCUAAUAGACGAAAAGGAGCUCCUCCAUGUGAGGUUAGGUUCGGCAUGGGAGCGAAUUGUAACAUUGAUGGUCAGAAUUGAGAGCUUGGGUAUUACAAGGGUGCCAUCCAUAUUACAGACAGACCUUGAAGAGACCUUCGGUCUCUGGAGGGGUUUGGUGUCUAAGAUAGUCCAGGUCCUCGAGCGCAUUAACGCCAAGGAUUCAGAGUUAGAAAUAGUGAGUGUCUUAGCUGACACUAAUGAGAAAGAAAAUAAGGUGAGGGCAAUUCUAGAUGCCUUGGAAUUUAGUUCUCCACCUGUUAAUCUAAGGUCUGAGCCAAAAGGAAAUCAGUCUUCCUUAUGCAGCCAUGAGACCAAUCUUUUAAAAUCACCUGCUGUGGCACUUAGUCUUAAGUCUAACCGCUCUAGCCAGGUAUCUAAACUAAGGGAGUGUGCAUCAUCUAAACAUAGCCACUCUAGCAAGUCUUCUGCUGCUGGGAGUGCCAUCUCUUCCCUAGCUGCCUUGCACAUUAAGGAGGCUGCACGUCUAGAGCUAAAGAGCAAGGUAGCGGGGGUGGAGGCUGAUGCUAAGGCAGCUGAUCUCACCCUUCCCUUUAAAGAAGAAGAGCAACGACUGCAAAUAGAACAGGCCCGUAGACAAAGCGAAAUGCAAAUAGAACAGGCCCGUAGACAAAGCGAAAUGCAAAUGGAACAGGCCCAAAGACAAAGCGAAAUGCAAAUAGAACAGGCUCGUAUAGAGAUGCUUAGAAUAAAGAUGGAUGCCGCAGCCAAAAGGGUAAGGGCUGAGACUUUGGCCAAGGCCCUAAUUGAGCCACUCACAGAAGAAAAUGUAAGCCAGUUACCAAUACAGGAUCCUUCUGCCAAAGUGUUUGCGCACCUUGGCAGCAUGAACAGCCAGUUUUCGGAUGAGGAACAGGAAGACUUCUCUCCUUACCCAGAGCAGGGCCCCAAAGUCACGUUUGAGUUUCCUGCAGAGCAGAGCGUCAUAGCGGGGAGCUCACCCUUGCUCGAGCUACCUGUGCCUCCUGCUAAAACCCUAGGUCAGUCAAUCAGGGCCCCAAGGCCGAGCGCUAGUUGGCCCCUACAGACAGCUGCACAGGGAACCAUCGAUUCGUCAGUGGUCGAUGUCAUCCCUCCAAGAGGCCAAAGGUUGACGCAAGGUACACGGUGGGAGUCCACUCCACAACAGCAAACUCCUCAAUUGUUCCCUUCGACGCCAGAGUCCCAGCUUGUCUCCAUCAUCAGAAGCCCCAGAAGAGAUCUUAAGGACAAGGGUGUCGAAAAGUUUUCGGACAAGCCUGAGGAAUUUCUUCUCUGGAAGGCCACCUUCCAGAGAGCAAUCAGAGACUUAAAGUUAUUGCCGGAGGAAGAACUGACUCUUCUGGCUGCAUGGUUGGGCCCAGCCUCAUCCUCACAAGUUAAGAAGAUCUACGCAGCCCACGUAGCCGAUCCCGACAAAGCCCUGGAAAAGGCCUGGGCCAGGUUGCAGCAGAGGUAUGGGGCCAGCACAGAGAUUGAAGCAUCACUUAUGGACAAGCUCCAAAGGUUCCCAGCUUUAAAACUCAAAGACUUCAAACUCUUGUGGGACCUCAGCGAUCUCCUUACGGAAUUAGAGUCGGCCAAGGAGAAUCCAGAACUGCCCGGUUUGAAGUGCCUCGAUCAGCACCUGUCCCAGAGGCAGAUCUUGACCAAGCUGCCCUUCACUUUGCAAGAACGCUGGGGACAGGAGGUCUUCAACUACAAGGAGGCCCACUCCCAGGCAUACCCUCCAUUUUCUCAUUUGGUCCAGUUCAUCACCAGGGCGGCCAGAGAAAGGAAUGAUCCGCAGACGGGCCUCCCCACCUUAUACCAAGGGACCCAGCCAGAGAAGGCACCUAAAGUGGACAAGAAACCAUCUAGAGAGGCCAAUAGACCUGUCAGCGUAAAGGCAGUCGAAACUCAACACAAGACUGAUGAACCCAGGUCGGAGGUAAAAGAGUUGCUUUGCCCUAUUCACCAAAAGCCUCACAGCUUGGCCAACUGCAGGGAGUUUAGUAGAAAGACAUACAAAGAAAGGCAACAGCUAGUUCAAAAGCAGGGAAUCUGCUUUAGAUGCUGCGGAGCAACUCCACACUUUGCAUCCAACUGCAAAGAAAACAUCAAGUGUGAGAAAUGCAACAGCCUCAAGCAUUGCACCGCAAUGCACAACUCCAAUAUCAUCUCCCACCCCAAAGGGAACGUUUCACCAAAAGAAAAGUCAGCAGUCGAAGACACCGACAAGCCAGUCGUACCAGAGAUGCAGGUGGAGGUUUCAGCAGUCGCCUGUACAGAGCUGUGUUCUGACUCGCACCAGUACAGAGUUUGUCAUCCUAUCUGCCUAGCGGAUGUAUAUCCAGCCAAGAGCCCUUGGCUUAGAAAGAGACUCUAUGUGGCCCUGGAUUCACAGAGCGACGCCUCCCUGGCUACUCCAGAGUUCUUCCGCAUGUUUGACCUUAAAACCAAGAUGGUUGACUACACUAUGACUACGUGUGCAGGAAAAAAGAAGUUGCAGGGUCGCAUAGCAUCUGGCUUUGUUGUCUCCUCUUGCGACCAGAAGAGGCAGUUCAAGUUGCCAGACCUGAUUGAGUGUUCCUCCAUCCCUCGGAACAAAAAACAAAUUGUAACUAGAGAAGUUGUGGAGACUCAUCCACAUUUGCGACGAUUAAAGAAUGCCAUACCUGCUUUCCGUCCAGAUGUGGACAUUGCCCUUCUGCUUGGUGCGGACUGUCCGAACUUGUUCUAUGUGAACGACCAAGUUAAGGGACCUCCAGGGGUGCCCAUUGCUCAGCUGCUACCACUAGGCUGGACAGUUACAGGCCCAGUGUGCAUAAACAAGAUGCACCCACCAUCGUCGUUGGACUCCAAUCAAGCACAGGUGCUUAAAGGUGGACGUCCUACACUUGUGCGCAGUUGCCUAAGUCAUAUCUCGGUCUACUGCCAAGCAAUAACUCCAGAGUAUUCCUCCAUCUUCAAAGUCUCUGAGAGAGACGAAGCCACAGCGCUCUCGAAAGAUGAGCAAAGGUUUUCGGACAUUAUGAAUGCUCAAGUCUCACGAAGUGCAGAGGUGAAAGCCUGCAAAUCAACCACAGAAAUCAAGAUGGGCCAAAGAUCUUGCCUGGAACCACACCGUUUUGAACGUUUUUCGGAGUGGCACAGUCUUCUUAGAGCAGUUGCUAGGCUUAUACAUCGCUUAGUCUGCAAAGAUAGUCAGCCUUUGCAAGUUCAGGACAUGCUGAAGGCUAAGGGAGUAAUACUCAGGUCAGUUCAGAGGCAUGAGUUUAGUCUAGAAAUAGCCAGGUUAGAACAAGGGAUUGACACCCCCAGCCGGAGUUUCUUGCGUGAGUUAAACCCAUUUCUAGACAAGGAGGGCAUUUUAAGAGUGGGAGGGAGGUUAGCUAAGGCUAAACUCAAAGUGUGUAUAAAGAACCCUAUCAUUGUACCCCCCAAUAGCCAUAUUGCUUUGUUGUUGGUUCGUCACUACCAUGAGAAAAUCCAUCAUCAGGGUAGAACUCUGACUGAGGCGACCCUUAGAAAUGAAGGCCUGUGGGUGGUAAAUGCUAAAAGUUUGGUCAGCAGUGUUAUUUUUAAGUGUGUCAAAUGUCGGCGACUCAGACGUAACUGUCAAAGUCAGUUAAUGGCAGAACUACCUCAGGAUAGGACUUUGACAGACCCACCCCUUUCCCAUGUGGGAAUCGAUGUGUUUGGUCCUUGGGAGGUUGUCACUAGGAAAACCAGGGGUGGUGUUGUAAAUAACAAAAGAUGUGCGGUUUUGUUUACUUGUUUGUCAGUACGAGCUGUCCAUAUAGAGGUUGCAGAGGGAAUUGACACUUCAUCAUUCAUAAAUGCAUUGAAAAGGUUCAUAGCCCUCAGAGGGCCAAUUAAGUUAAUUUGGUCGGACUGUGGCACCAAUUUUGCAUGUGCAGACCUUAGCCAACCACUUCUGGAAGAGGUGGAAGGCCGAAUACUUAAGCCAGCUUCCAACCAGAAGACUCUGGCAAACCCAAAGGACAAUGCCAAGGUGGGAAACCUUGUGUUGCCAAAGGACAAAGACUUGCCCCGCUAUGCCUGGCCUAUGGGCAUUAUACUAAAGACCUUUCCUUGCCCUGACGGUAAGGUUAGAAAAGUUCAAGUAAAGACUCAUAGUAAGGACAAAAUGUCUGUCCUGGACAGACCAAUUAGUGACCUCGUGUUGCUUAUUGGAGAUGUUUAAAGUUUUAUACUGUUGUAUUGUUGUGUAUACAAAGGUGUUUGUAUGUUUUUGAUUGGUAAAUUCCCACAUCCUGGGAAUUUAGCGGGGAGUGUUCCGUCCCCCAGGACGAUGGUUUGCCUUACCUAUUGGUCGUUUGUUUGUUUUCCCUCCUUUACAUUUUGUUUGAGCCUCUGGCUGCAAAGGCCUAGGAAAGGUGGCUUGGAAUCUGCAAGAGCUGGCUGCAGUUUGCUUUGCAGUGAUUGGUCAAAGAGUGCAACAUCUUAGGACCGCCCUUUUUACUAGGGUCUAGUCUCCAUUUUGGAGCUUCAUUCUGGCUAUAGUCUUCCAACGUGCUGGAGCUGUGCAAGGCUAACUGGGACAAAUCAUCCUCAAAACCAGGCCAAUCUAAGCCUAUCCAAAUUAGAUAAGUAUUGAAUUAUACUGAUCUGGAAUAGGAAUUCUAGUUAGAGGAGCAGGGUUAUUCCAUCGCUUCUAGAACUAAUCUUUGCUGUAAAGAUAGGGAAGGAAAGAGUUUCUCCUUCUAAUAUAGACAGCGUGAUUAGGGUAUAGUGGUUUUAUAAUCACCUUUGCCUUCUGGAACCAGGGAUAAUUCUGCAACUAAAACCUAUAGAAAUUUGUUUCAUUUUCUGCAACUUUAAGAUCUGUGCCAGGUUUACAACCUUGUAUGAAUAAACAUCCUUUUUUGAAGUUAUCCAGACUCAGUCGUUCAAUAUCUAUAGGACAGCUUAUAGGGAUUUGCAGUUCGCCCGGAUAAAGGACAGCACGUUUCAGUUUUAUAGUUUUUUAUUGUCUGGCGGACGGCACAGGCAGAGUCAUUCAAAUGUCACACCAGUGCAGAGAAAGGAAUCCUGGGAGGUGUCUUUGGUGGAGGAGAAACAGAAAAUGGUCCCCAAAUGAAAGCCUUCACUUGAGUGGGGGGCAGUAUGGCAGGGCUCUUGGACAUGUUCAUGGCGCUCACUAUAACCUGCGAAGUUCAGUGGACGGAGAGACAUGGGUGUCUCCUGCUUAGUGGGAACUAUAUAGCUGUUUGUGUGAGCGGACACCCCUGCCACAUACACUGAUGUUAAGUCCAGUCUUGACCGACUCUGGGGGUUGGUGCUCAUCUCCAUUUCUAAGCCAAAGAGCCAGCGUUGUCUGUAGACACCUCCAAGGUCAUGUGGCCACCGUUACCUUCCCGCCGGAGCAGUACCUAUUGAUCUACUCACAUUUGCAUAUUUUCGAACUGCUAGGUUGGCAGGAGCUGGGGCUAACAGCGGGCGCUCAUUCCGCUCCCGGGAUUUGAACCUGGCACCUUUUGGUCCGCAAGUUCAGCAGCUCAGCGCUUUAACGCACUGUGCCACUAUGAUGUGUAUUGAAGAUAGAUAAUGAGAUCAAACCCCCAAAACGGGAGGCAGGAUAGCAAGAGGAAGGUUGAAGUUGGCCAGGUGGUUGCUUAUAUACCUUGAUUCCUGGUGAAUCAAUGGAAAAACAUCACCCUUUCCAGUGAAGUCCUUCUUCCAGAUUAAUGGUGCUAAAUAUGAUUGUUUUUUAUUUUGGCAAUUAAAGGGAUCCUGAUAAAACUGUGAGCUCCUUGAAUGAAGACAGGGCCCUUCCACACAGCCAUACAACCCAGAAUAGCAAGGUGAAUAAUCCACGAUACAGUUAUUUGCUUUGAACUGGAAUAGCUGAGUCCACUAAUCCAUCUUAAUGUGGAUUUUAUACAGUUGUGUGGAAGGGGCCAUAGAAACCCCCUCUUCCAGGCUUCAGGAAUAUUAUGGGCCAUUUGGUGGCACAGAAUCAGUCUUGGGAAGCUAUAGGUUGGUGGUAGGCUAUAUUCUGCUGAUCCCUGGCCUGGGCAGAGGUUUCUGAUCUGCAACAAACUGCUGGAAAUUCUUUCACUUGACUGAUCUCUACAACCUGAAUCAAUAUUUUCGAGGUGUCUCUCUUUCUCUCAAAUACGAGCAGCAACCAGGCCAGACUUUGAACUUGAAAUAUAAAGAUCAGGUCACAUUUAACAGCUAGAUACAUAAGCAACACACCAGCUUUAUCAGGUGCUGCAUAUCAAUGAAAGCAGUUAUAGCAGUGGAAGGUUUGUUUGAAAUGUACCUAAGCAUGACUUGGGCAAAUUAAGUUUUCAGAAGCUGAAGAAAUAGUUGUACAAGUCCUGGGAACAACUGUCAGUUUGCAUAUGAUUUACAGCCUGCCACUCAUUACUAAUUGUUUGCUGGACUUCAGUUACAUAGGAUUUAUAAUCUUCUAAAAUUUUGAAUGAGUUCUUUGUCAUUGUUGGAUUGUUGAUUUUUUAAAUGAUUAUUUGAUCUUAAUUUUUAAUGACUACUUGAUCCUAUUUUUAAUGACUACUUGAUCAUAGAAUCAUAGAUUUGGAAGGGGUCCUAUGAAUCAUCAAGUCCAAACCCCUACUCAAAGCAGGAUAGCCAGUUAAAACAUCCCCGACAGAUAGCUCUCCAGCCUCUUUCCAAUGACAUCCAGAAAUGAUCCCAUAACUUCUUUAGGCAAUUGCCAAUCCAAUUGUUGCUGCCAAAAAGUUCCUUCUGAUGGUCCAUCGAAGCCUACUGUCCUGUAACUUAUAUAUAUUCUACAUUCUGAGUAAGCAGAAAACAGGACUGCAUCAUCCUUUUAAUGGCACUCGUUGCAGUGUUUUAGGAGUGAGAUCACAUCUCAUCUCACAUCUCAAUCUUCUCUUUACCAUGCCAAAAAUGCCCAGUUCCUUCAACCUAGUGAGAGUCCAAAUGUGGCAGGUUAAAACCCGGAACCUCAAUCAGUGCCUGAUACCAGAUGAGAAACUCCCACCUGGGCACACAGAAGACUGGGCAACUUGGAAGACGCUGAACAGACUGUGCUCUGGCAACAUGAAAUGCAGAGCCAACCUUAAGAAAUGGGGCUACAAAGUGGAGUCCAUGACAUGUGAGUGUGGAGAAGAGCAAACCACAGACAACAGACUACAAUGCAGCCUGAGCCCUGCCACAUGCACAAUGGAUCUUCUUACAGCGACACCAGAUGCACUCCAAGUGGCCAGCUUCUGGUCAAAGGACAUUCAGUAUAAUACCAAGGGUUUUUUUUUACUUUCUUUGUGUUUCUAAAUACAUUAUAAAUGUACCCUCAACUCACUUCUGACAAAAUAAAUAAAUAAAUAAAUUUCACU